GCGCCGGUCUCCCCAGGCGACGGGUAACGCGGAAAGAUGGCGGCGCUGGUGGCGGCGGAGGCCGCGGCGCUCCCGGGCCCGGCGGAGGCGGCCGAGCCGGCCGAGGCGGCGGAGCUGAGCCGCGCCCUGAGCCGCCUGCUGCCCGGGCUGGAGGCCGACAGCAAGCUGGGCCGGCGGCGCGCGCUCGAGGCGCUGCAGCGCGCCCUGGAGGCGGCCGAGCCGGCCGAGGCGCCCGCCGCCGCCGCCGCCUUCCAGGGCCCCUGGGCGCGCCUGCUGCUGCCGCGCCUGCUGCGCUGCCUGGCCGACCCGGCCGAGGGCUGCCGCGCGCUGGCCGUGCACCUGCUGGGCCUGGGCCUGCGCCGCGCCGCGCGGCCCCGCGACGCCCUGCCGCGCCUGCUGCCCGCGCUCGCCGCGCGCCUGGCCGGCCCCGACCCCGCGCGCCGCGCGCCGCCCGAGGCCUGCGAGGAGCUGCGCCUGGCGCUCGUGCAGCUGCUGCGCGCGGCCGUGGAGCUGGGCGGCGCCGCGCUCGCGCCCCACCUGGACGACGCGGUGCGCGCUCUGCGCUGCGCGCUGCUCGACCCCUUCGCCGCCGUGCGCCGCGAGAGCUGCGAGUGCGCCGCGGGGCUGGCGCGCGCCACGCCGGACCACUUCCACAUGCAGUCCGAGUCCCUGAUCGGGCCGCUGAUGCAGAGCAUCUCGCACCAGCACUGGAAGGUUCGCGUGGCCGUCGUCGAGGCCACGGGCACGGUGGUCCAGUUCGGCAGCGGGAAGUCGGUGGACGACGUGCUCCCUCACUUCGCCCAGCGGCUCUUCGACGACGUCCCGCAGGUCCGGCAGGCGGUGACCCGUGUGGUGGGCGGCUGGCUGCUGGCGCUGCGGGACCGGUACUCCUUCUUCCACAAGCUCAUCCCCCUGCUGCUCAGCAGCCUCGACGACGAGAUGCCGCACAUCGUGCAGGAGGCCGCCAGCCUCUGGGCAGAGGCCGGCCUGCAGUGGCAGAAGGAGAACGAGGAGGACCUAAAGGACAAGCUCGACUUCGCCUCCCCACCGCCUGCCCAUCACCCCUCGCCAGAGACGCGCCCAGGCCUGGGCUGCCGGGAGCUCGUCUUCAGGAACCUCUCCAAGAUCCUUCCCGCCAUCUGCCACGACGUCACCGACUGGGUGGCGGGCACCCGGGUGAAGGCCGCGCAGCUGCUGGCGGUGCUGCUGCUGCACGCCGAGGACCACACCACGCAGCACCUGGAGGUCCUGAUGCGGACCCUGCUGCUGGCCUGCGCCGACGAGGAGGCCGCCGUGGUCAGCAGCUGCACCAGGUCCGCGGAGCUCAUCGGGACCUUCGUCAGCCCGGAGGUGUUCCUGAAGCUGCUCUGGCCGAUGCUGAGGAAGUCGCCCUCCGCCUCCGGCCUCCUGGUCCUCGCCGCGCUCAUCCGGGGCUGCCCGCGGGAAGCCCUGCGGCCGCACCUGACGGCCAUCGCCAUGGAGCUGGCCGGGGAGCGCAUCCGCCAAGGCUCGGAGAACCUGCGCUACGGGGAGCACCUGCUGCAGUGCGUGCAGGCGGCGCUGUCCGCGUGCGGGGAGGACUGCCGGGGCUGCGGCCUGCAGCUCAUGCAGGUGCUGGUGACCGUGAUGGCACUCCCGGGGGCCUCCGGCCUCGGCGACCAGAUUCAGGAGACCGAGGCCGCCCUGGCCGCCGUGGAGAGCAGUGGCGACAGCCAGGACCUCUACCGCCAGCACGUGGGCCCCCUCCUGGAGCGGCUGGGCAGCUCCCAGCAGGGCUGGACGGCGCGCUCCCCGGAGCUCCUGCAGUUCAGCACGCUGGUGGCCCGCGCAGGCCCUGCCCUCGGAGAAGCACUGCCCCACCUGGUGCCCGUCCUCCGGAGCUGCCUGCAGCCGGACAGAGACCCCCAGAUGCGCCUGAGGCUGCUCUCCGUGCUGUCCCGGGCGCUGCUCAACGCAAAGGAGACCGUGGACUCCCAAGGGCAGCUGCACCACCACCUCGACGCCGUGGUCGCGGACAUCCUGGUCCCCAGCCUGCAGUGGCGCGCGGGGAGGACGGCCGCGGCCAUCCGCACCGCCGCCGUGUCCUGCCUCUGGGCCCUCAUCAGCAGCGAGGCCCUGUCGGCCUCCCAGGUGGAGGGCGUGCGGGAGACGCUGCUGCCCCCGGUCCUGACUGCCCUGGAGGAGGACUCCCAGAUGACCCGGCUGACCUCCUGCCACAUCGUUCGCGCGUUUUUAAAAUCCUCUGGCGGUCGUACUGAGCCGGACAAGUUCACCAAGAUUUAUCCUGAACUCCUGAAACGGCUGGACGACGUUUCCACUGAAGUGAGGCUGGCGGCCGCCUCCGCCCUGGCCGUCUGGCUGGAGUGCAUCAGGAAUGACGGCGCCGAGGCCUCUUACCAGCGUGACGUGCAGCACCUGUACAAGGAGCUCCUCGUGUACCUGGACGACCCCGACAGCACCGUGCAGGACGCCGUCCUGGAGGUGCUCCAGGCGGGCAGCGUCCUGUUCCCCGACCUCCUGGUGCGAGAGACCGAGGCCGUCCUGCACAAGCACCGCUCCCCCACCCGCUGCGAGCGGCUGCUGCAGCACCUGCAGGCCCGGCCGCCCGCCCCCUGACCGCUCCAGGCAGGCCUGGUGCCCCGCUGAGGUGGGCGCCACGCCAGCCCUCGUCCCCCGGCUGGGCUCGGCGGCCUUGCACCCACAGCAGGGCGCCUUUGUCCACAGCCUGGGACACAGGCAAGACGACUGACAGCAAGAAUGUAUUUCCCAAGAAAAUGUGCAGUGUCGUGGACGAUGUUUCAAACCCCACAGUUUCUGAAACAAGGUUCUCCGAGUGGCUCUGCACUUUUAUGUUCUUUUUAUAGGGUUCAUUGGAAGGUCAGCCAAUAGCCUCCCGCUCGUUUUGACAUUCAAAUGGAAUGUCCACCGUGCACACUGCAGGCAGGCCCGCGCUCCCUGCGCUGUGGGCUCGGACCCCAGCUCCAUCUGCUGCAGUGCCACCUCGGGCUUCCUGGCCAUGAAAGCCAAAGGCAUUUAAAGUUUUCGUUCGUCCUUUGACUUCAGUGAACAGACUUAAAGGAAUUUGAGAUCUUAACUAUUAGUGAAAUUUUCCCCGUUUAAAAUAUACUGGAACUUAAAAUGUUUUAUGGACCAAUUCAGUAUCUUUUCUUAGGUCAGUAAUGCUAACAGUGUUGAAAACUGAAGAUUUAAUCAGAUUCUCGUUGCUCUCAGUAGCAGGAAUGUAGAUUGUACUUUGUUCUCCAGCACUUUCUACACCCAAGUGCCUAAAAGAUUUCAUUUAAAGUGGUUAUUUUCAUAAGCCAAAUGCUGUGUUUUCUAACAAAUGUUAACAUUUAUGCUUUGGUGUUUGACUUAAUUAAAAGUAUUUAUUGUAA